AUGAUCCACACCGAGAUCGAAAUCAACGCCUCUCCCGUCACGACCAGACAAACGUUCCUGGAUUUUGCCGCUCUCCCAAAGUACCAUUCUAGUUUCUUCCAGUCCAUCGCUCCAGUGAAGGCCGAGAAGAAAUCACCAGAACCUGGUGACAAGCUUCUCGUGAAUGUCAAUGGGAUGGCACUGACGCCCGUUGUUGAGGUUAAUUCACCCACCGAGUUUACCUGGCGCGGCACUUUUGGCAGCACCUGGCUGUUCACCGGCGCGCAUAGCUUCAAUUUUCUGCCAGUUGGCGAGAAGACCAGACUUGUGCACUCCGAGGAGAUUAGCGGACUCUUUGCUCCAGUGUUUAUGAUAUUCGGGAAGGCAAAGGCCGAAGAGGGGUUCAGGAGAUUCAAUGAGGACCUCAAAAACUAUGUGGAGGUCGGCAAAGGAAAAUGA